AUGGCAAUAGCUAAAGAAGUAAGACGAGAAUUAGUGAAGGUAAAGAAGCAGCUAAAAAAGGUGAAGAGAGUAUUGAAAGAGUUCAAGAGAGAUGAAGAUGAAGGACUGCUGUUGAAGAAAUUAAGAAGAAAUAGAAAAGGUCUUGACGAAG